UCUGAAUAGCAUCGUUAGCAGCAGGUUAGCAGCGUGAUGGCAGCUUCGUCACGCUCUCAGGCCAUUUCUUUGUACAAAAUGCUUCUUCGGGAAAGCAGAAAGUUCCCGUCGUACAACUACAGGACAUACGCUCUGAGGCGGGUGCGUGAUGCGUUCAGGGAGAAUCGGACAGUCCAAGACCCACAGCUGGUCCACAGUCUACUAGAGGAGGGCCACCAGAAUCUGCAGCUCAUCCAGAGACAGGUUACCGUGGGACAGUUGUACAAAGCGCAAAAACUCAUUGUGGAAUGAAACCAACAAACCCGUGAUAUCGCACAAACUGCAGCCAAUCACAGGCCUCCUACAGAGAGAGGUCCAUGGCAUCAUGGGAAAUGGAGUCCGCUGUAUUAAACUGACUCUGCUCACAAUAACACCAUCUGUCAGUGUCCCAAUGUAUAAGAUUAAUGCAAUCUGACCUUCUCCUCUGCUCCAUCUGACCCCCUCCUUUGCUCCUCUGCUCCAUCUGACCCUCUCCUUUGCUCCUCUGACCCUCUGAACCUCUCCUCUGCUCCACCUGACCCUUUCCUCUUCCCCUCUGCUCCAUUGAUCCUCACAUCAACGAUGCCAUAAUGAUGGAAAUUUCAGUUUGAAAUACUUCUUGUAUCCUGAAUCCCUGUAUGCCUGAAACCAUGUUUAUUUAAAAAUGCAGUAUGUACUUUUUCCAGUUAAUGAUCAGGACUUGUUUGUCUCCAUGGAGAUUAAAUCCAUAUUUAAUUUACUGAAGCGUUUUCAUAGCUUAAAAAUACUGCGGGUGCCUCUCCAGGGAUCUAACCAGUAACUUUGCCUAGUGGUGUCAUGUCCUUGUCUCCAUGGAGACUGAUAAAUUUAAGGCCAUAUUGCUGAACAUUCCAGGCAAAGCAAUAACUUCUGACAAGUGAAUUCAAAAGGUUUCAUUUACUGUGCACAUUUGUGUUAAUGAGUUUGUAUUUUUGUUUCUUGUUAAUAUUGUGAGCUACAGAUCCACAUUUAAAGGGCCAUGUUACACUGUUUUCUUAUCUGUUUUAUGUUGUUUCCUCAUCACAAACAGACCUGGAGUUGUGUUUUGUUUCAUUCACACAAACCCUGCAUAUUUAGGCUGAGUUCUUCUCUCAAACAGAAAACACUCUGUUCCACCUUGUGAUGUCAUGUGGUAAUACAGAAAGUGCUCCACUGUGUUUUUAAACUUCAUACACCUUCAGUAGAAUCAUUUGAAUCAUUUCAGACCUGGAAUUGACAGUCUCUACUGAACUAAAGGUAAAAGGAGUUGUUAACUUGAAAACUACCACUUCAUGACAUCACAAGGUGGAACAGAGCAUUUUGAGCUUUGGAGAUGUAGACAGACUAAUAAUAAAGUGUUACUCAAACAUGUGUGAAUGAAACAAAAACUGGUCUGAGUUUUGUGUCAUAUGGGAGCUUUAAAACCUUACAGAUAUGUUCAUGGUUGGCGUCUCCCCCUGUGGACUUUUGUCUUGUUUGUUCUUUGAUGUGGUUGCGACACAAAGAUGAUAUUUUCAGAACCAUGUUUAAAGUUAAAUAAAUAUUUGCUUUUCACUGA